GGCGCUAACCGGGCUAGCCGAUAGCCGUUAGCAGCAGCAGUCCGUUUAAAGUGCUGUUUUAUCAGAGUCCGAAUCAUGGCGGUCCAGGUGUCCGAGUCCGACCAGAUCAAACAGUUUAAGGAGUUUCUGGGGACGUACAACAAGGUGACGGAGAACUGCUUCAUGGACUGCGUCCGAGACUUCACCACAAGAGACGUGAAGCCCGAGGAGUCGAGCUGCUCCGAGUCGUGCCUGCAGAAGUACCUGAAGAUGACUCAGAGGAUCUCCAUGCGUUUCCAGGAGUAUCACAUCCAGCAGAACGAGGCUCUGGCAGCUAAAGCUGGCCUGCUGGGACAGCCGCGCUGACCCUGAACCUGGGCCAGGCCGGGCCGUGCUGGUCCAGCAGAUCCUCCGGCGCUGUAAAAACAGACUCUGAAGCUGCGCGUGAGGACGUUUUGUUGUAGUUUCUGACAUGAAGCUCCGCCCCCUCAGAUUCUAUCUGCAGGGUUAGUCGGCUGUUCUGUGCAUCAUGGGAAAUGUAGUUUCAGAUUCUUUCUUAACAUGCAGAAUAUUCAUUUAAUUUGUCUUUUGAUUGAACACAACGACCGACCGAUGUGGUGAUGAUGAUGAUGAGCUGACCUCAUUUUUCAUGUCUGGAAAUAAAAAUAAUCCGACAUCA